AUGAAGUUCUCAACUUCCGCUGCCGUUAUUGCUGCCGUUCUUGGUCAGGCCUCCGCUCACUCUUGGAUUGAGGAGAUGCAGGUGAUUGAUUCGUCGACUGGCAACUACACUGGCGACUAUGGCUACACUCGUGGCUAUGUUGCUCGCACUGAUCCUGGCUUCAGCGGCGAUUCUGUCGACUAUCUUGUGCCAGCCCUUAGCUCUGGUCGCACUCGUAUCGACGGCACUGAUCUUCUCUGCCACCCUGAUCAACGCACCUCAAACUACACCAACUCAAAGUACCCUCGUCUUCAAGCUGCCCCUGGCUCCUACAUUGCCAUGAAGUACCUUGAGAAUGGUCACGUCACUCUCCCUCAAAAUCAACCUGGCAAGCCCAAGUCUGGCGGUACUGUUUUCGUCUACGCCACCACCAAACCAUCUGACACUGAGAAGAUUGCUGAUGUUCUUGAAUGGAACACUGCUGGUAAUGGUGGUGACUCACGUGGUACUCAAAUUGCUGCUCAAAACUUCGAUGAUGGACGUUGUCAUCAACUCAACUCUGGCACCAUCUCUCUUCAACGCCAAAAGGCUUUCCCUGAUCGUAUCGCUGGUCAACCUGACUCCAACAUUGAGCAGUGGUGUGAGACUGACGUUCACAUUCCUUCAACCUACAAGACUGGUGACACUGUUACUGUCUACUGGGUUUGGCAAUGGCCCACUGAGGCUGGUGUUGACCCCACUUACCCCACUGGCAAGGAUGAAUACUACACCUCUUGCGCUGAGAUUGACAUUGUCGACUCGGUCAACAAUGCUUCGCCUGUCCACACUCUUCAACAGCAGGACCCUCAAACCACGGCUGUCAGUAGCUUCAAGUCUAGAGCUGCUUUGACUACCAGCCCUCUCUACACUCUCGCUGGUGGUGCAUCAGCCUCUGCUACUGCAGCUUCUGGUUCUGCCUCCUCUUCAACUGCCUCUUCGUCGGCCUCUUCAUCCGCUGUUCCUUCCAACACUUCAACAGCCCCAAGCAGUGAGUUCACCGAUCUUCCUGUAAUCUCUCUCCCACCCUUCCCUUUCGCUAACACCUCUUCUCCAACUCCAGGACCCACCUACAAACCCAGCCACGCCUCUGGCAACCCAUCCUUCCCCUUCUUCAGCCCUCCCGCUGCUCAGAUGCCCAGCUUUGUCACUGUCACCGACUACAUCACCAUGUCUGGUGUUGCCAAUAAGGCCCAGGGUGCUGCUCCCACCCCCAAAACCACUACUCAGUUUGUGACUGAGUAUGUUACUGCUUCUGCUAGCACUGUUGUUGUUCCUGCUGUUUCUGAGGGUUCGUUGCCCUCGGUUGUUGCUGUGCCUGAUCAGGCUGGUAAUGCUGGCUUGAUUGGUAGACGCUUUGUUGCUUGA